AUGGGCUGGUUCACCGCUGAGGAAGCGGUAGCCUACGUUGACUUGUUUCAACAAAACUUAUCAGCACUGUCCCUGGUAUCCAAAGGCUUUGACCUCAGUCACGAGAAACACUAUAGGCUAAUCACACAAGAGCCUCUCCUCUACUGUGUCAUCUUAAUGAUUUCAUCCCGAUACCACAUCUUAGAAGGUGCCGGUGGCCUUGCAAGAAGUACCCUCGUUCAUCAUCGCCUGUGGGAGCAUUGUCAACAUCUGAUCAUGAGGAUCAUCUUCGGCCAAGAAAAGCGAUCCAAAGCAAAAACGAGAACAAGAGGCUCUAUCGAAGCUCUUCUGCUGAUCAUCGAGUGGCAUCCACAAGCAAUACACUUACCACCCGCUGCAGACGGCUGGGACUCGUCUCUCCUACUCACGGAUUCGGAUCCAAGGGAUGACCAGUUCGGCAACCAGGCGGAUGUCACUGACGAUAAUGAAGCUCAGUGGCUGAGAGACGUCAUCAUUCCCGCCAAGACCUCUGAUCGUAUGUCUUGGAUGCUACUUGGUUGUGCACAGUCAUUAGCUCUUGAGCUUGGACUCUGCGAUAAUGGUGACACCACAUCCACACAGCCUGCAGGGUUACAAGCCGAGCAAACAGGACUACGCCAUCUGCUGUAUAUCUCUCUAGACCAACAAUCCAGUCGACUAGGAUGUCCUUCAAUGAUGCCUACGUCUGUUUCACGCUUCAUGUCAGAACCUUCCCGGAAAGACGGACAGAGUGAUUCAUUAACGGCGUGGCUCGACUUGACCACUCUAAUACGAACCAUUAUCGACGUUCUGUGUCCAUCGGCAGUAGGAAUUCGAGAGAUUCUUAGUAGUUGCAUAUACGUCAAUAUUAUCAAACACUUUCAGCAACAGCUAACAGGGUGGAGGACAACUCACCUCCGCCAAGAGACUCUGUCUUCCCAUGCAUACGAGGACUUGUCUAUCGAGUUCAAUUACCUUCGGGCUUUCAUGAACUCGCUCGGCAUCCAGGCUGCCGUUGAUCGGGUCCUCGGUGGGAGACCACCUAAUUCUAUUGAUAACGAUGUUCUACAGUCAUCCAUCACGGCAACAGACUAUUCUUUCAUCAAAGAAGUUAUCGAUUCUUCUUGCCAGGCUCUCGAGUCUGUCAAUAGACUAUUCGAGGCUGGAACGCUCCGCUAUUGUCCUGUUCGAGUCUUCCUCCGUAUUAUUAUGGCUUCUAUUCUACUUCUAAAGGCACUUAGCCUUGGAACCCGUACCACAGAUUUGGAAAUAUCUCUUAGUGUGUUGGAAAGAUGCAUCGAAGCUUUAAGAGCUAGCAGUCUUGACGAGAUGCAUUUGGCUUCUCGGUACGGAGACUUGCUGGAUAUGCAUCUAGAAAGGUUUAGGCAGGGUAUGGUCCCAACUUCUGUCCCUCGAGGGAUUCUACCGGUGAAUGAAAGCUCCCAAUGGACCUUUGAUAGCAGCGUCCCGCAAGGAGAUGAUGCUUUGGGAGAUAUGUCGAUGCCAGCUGCGGAUGACUGGCUUGCCCUGCCAUUUGAUCCUAGCAUAGCUCCGUUCGGCUUCACGACUGAUGAUCCUGGCCUAGCUGAGCCGGAUGACAGGUCUUGGGAUUUCUUAUGGAGCUUACCGAAUGUCUAA